AUGGAUGGUCCGGCAUCCAUCAUAGGAAAGAAGCUCAAGUGCGGUGAAUAUGCGUAUAUAGAGUUUCUGGCGUUGUUGGGUACCGGUGCCUCUGGUGCGGUAUAUCGAGUACGAAGGACGGUUUUGAACCCGGGCUUGGCGGCUCCCAAGGUGGACUUGUUGGCGGCGAAGGUGAUAGACGUUCGCCAGUUGAAUUUGUCGCAUCGGUGGGAUCGCGAGCGCGAGAAGUUGCGGCGAGAGGUGAAGAUUUUGGCGACCAUGUCCCACUCUGGAGUGGUGAACCUGCACGGCGUUAUAGACACGAACGACUGGCUUGUUUUGUUGAUGGAUCUGGUGGAAGGCGGCGAACUGUUUACCAAGGUGGCCCGGGGUCCCAUGCAGGAGGAGCGGGCCCGGUACGUCUUUAUUCAGAUAGCCACUACGCUCAAAUUUCUGCACGGUGAAGGCAUCAUCCACCGAGACCUGAAGUUGGAGAAUGUUCUCGUCGAAAAAGAAGUGACCUCGGAACCAGGUACCGUGGAACCAGGUACCGUGGAACCAGGUACCGUGGAACCAGGUACCCUGGAACCAGGUACCCUGGAACCAGGUAAACCGGAACCAGGUACCCUGGAACCAGGUAAACCGGAACCAAAUGGAGCAGCGAGGGGUGGCUUCUAUCAGGUGCGGGUGGCGGACUUCGGACUGAGUAAGGCCGUUGCCGGUGCCUUCACUGUGGCAAGGAGCUAUGUGGGAACCCCGCAAUAUUGGGCGCCGGAAGUAAUUUUGGCUGGUAGAAAUCAAGGGUCAUACUCAUUUUCAGCAGACUUGUGGAGUCUGGGAUGUCUGUUGUUCAUUCUGGUUUCCGGUCGGUACCCGUUUGAGUGUGAGUAUGAUUGGGAAAAUGAUGUACUGAAAGGCAACUACACAAUGGCUGACGAAGUUUUCGAUACGGUUUCGGAAGGUUGCAAAGAUAUCAUAAAGGGAUUAUUACGAGUGAAGCCGGAAGAACGAAUGACUCUGGAGCAGGUAAUGAAGACGGACUGGUUCAAGGCCCCCUGUCAGCCUCCGCUGCCCGAGUUGAAGCCCCUUCACCGAGCUCCGAUCCACAUGAAUCUUGGCCCGCUCUUCAUCGGAGCCAGCGCUCAGAGCAUGGAGGUCGAAGAAAUCCCUUCCAUCCCGCCGGCGAGCGCCCCGGCGGCGCCAGCUGACCCGCAGACACCACUACCCCCGGCAGUCGCUACUGUUGGUACGUUGCCACUGGAGGCCAUGACGGCCACUGAACGACGACAAGAACAGCGGAAAGAAGGUUAUCGUGCGAGUGUACGACAGUUAUUCAACGCUACAGAAAUGCUGGAACUACUUGUCUCAGUUUUCUACCGGUUCCAUCAAGCCUAUAUAGUCUUCCGCUCCAACCCACAAGUGGCCCUGCGCAUCCAAUCACUGCUGGUGGACAUCAAGGAAUUGACCCUGGCUACACGCAAGGCAUUCCAGAGCAUUGGACUUACCUGCGGUGCCGUAAUCGAGCUCCUGGACGAUAUUCGACUGUGCGUUGAAGAUGGCAAACCAGAGGCAGCCUUGGAGAUGUUCGACAACCUUCAAUCCUGGGUCCAGGAGGUCUUGGAAGAGGGUAAUGAAGUACGUAAAAAAUACUUAGUCGGCUUACAACAUGCGUCAGCGCUUGUUCAAGCUACCCGUGACAUGCCUGCUACUUUUACUGCCUUGUCGCCCAUCCAAAUGACGCUCGGUGAAAAAGCCGCUGUCGCGCUCGAGAGUCAGAUCCAGAAAAGAGAGUUUUUGGAUCAAUCCGCCGAACCCCAGGACUUGCUCGACUUCUUAUUCGUGCCCACUCAAGAAACGGGAUUCAACGCUGUAGAAAUCUCGUCUGCUGUUUCCAUGGGCGAUGGUACCGAGCGAACACCUGACCAUACAAAACCGCCGACCGUCGCAGAAGUCAUCGACGACCACGGCGCAAAGAUAGCGCCCGUCGAACGUAAGGACGUGCCCGCCAAAGGCAAGUCUCACGACGAACACAACCCGAACGACUUGCCCGACAACCGCAACCAACAGCUUGACGCCGAGGCGAGAGAGGGCGAGGCGAGAGAGGGCGAGGCGAGAGAGGGCGAGGCGAGAGAGGGCGAGGCGAGAGAUGAUGACACGAGAGAUGGUGACACGAGAGAUGGUGACACGAGAGACGUCAAUAAAGCAUCCGGCCACGACAAACGAACGGGCGAGGAAAAGCGAACGAGUGAGGAACAGCGAACGAGUGAGGAUAAUCGGAUGGGUGAGGAUAAGCGGAUGGGUGAGGACCUGCGGUCGAGUGUUGAGUGGCCGAACGACGAACAGCAGUUAGUGCCAGUGAGCAACUUGCAAGCAACUCCUCAGGGGUCAGGUACGACUGAGUCGUACGUGCGUCAGACGGCUUUGUUGAUGCGGGGAUUGCGGGAGUUACAAAGAGUCGCGAAUAUGUUGGAGGAGAGCACGACGUAUUGGGACAAUUUAUCGGUGGCGCUGUCUUUAGUUCAAAAGUUUCGGGACCAAACUUUCGUGCUUUUAAAACACGCCUCAGGGAGCAAGCGGCAAGAACAACGCCUGCUCGAGCGUGUGGCAGAGUACGAGGCAUUUUGGGAGGAGCUGGCUAAGCAAACCAGCACGUUUGUGGAAGGCUCCAGACGCAGUGGCGAGUCCAUGCGGAAGUUUGUCAACACUUUCAACGAAUCAAUCGUGCGAACGAACGCUUUGGCUGAGUACUACAACCAGCAGCGGCAGCAGGGACGGCAGUUACUGUGA